GGGGGGGGCGGGGCACGUAGCACGCGAGUGACGCAUAAUAUGUGGGCCGUUCCGGAGCCGUGGUCGCGCUGUGUGUGAGUGAGGGAGAGUGAGUGCGGGACCUGAGGCGGUGUGUGUGAACUGUGGCCACUGGCGGGGUCAGGGGGGAGCGGCGGAGCCGCCCGGGAAGGCCAAGCCAUGACUACAGUAGUGGUACAUGUAGACUCCAAAGCUGAGCUCACUACCCUGCUGGAGCAGUGGGAAAAGGAGCAUGGCAGUGGGCAGGACAUGGUACCUAUCCUUACCAGGAUGUCUGAAUUGAUUGAAAAAGAAACUGAAGAGUAUCGUAAGGGGGAUCCAGACCCAUUUGAUGAUCGACAUCCUGGUCGAGCUGAUCCAGAGUGUAUGCUGGGCCACUUGCUGAGAAUACUCUUCAAGAAUGAUGAUUUCAUGAAUGCACUGGUGAAUGCAUAUGUGAUGACAAGCCGAGAGCCCCCUUUAAACACUGCGGCUUGUCGACUCCUACUGGACAUCAUGCCAGGGCUGGAAACUGCUGUUGUCUUUCAAGAAAAGGAAGGAAUUGUUGAGAAUCUUUUCAAAUGGGCCCGAGAGGCUGAUCAGCCAUUGAGGACAUAUUCUACUGGACUAUUAGGAGGUGCUAUGGAAAAUCAAGACAUUGCUGCCAACUACCGGGAUGAAAAUUCACAGCUGGUGGCAAUAGUGCUGCGGAGACUGAGGGAGCUACAGCUUCAGGAAGUGGCUCUGCGGCAAGAAAGCAAGCGUCCCAGCCCACGAAAGCUCUCCUCUGAACCUCUUUUGCCUCUGGAUGAAGAAGCUGUGGAUAUGGACUAUGGGGACAUGGCUGUAGAUGUAGUGGAUGGUGAACAAGAGGAAGCCUCUGGAGACAUGGAGAUCUCGUUUCAUCUUGAUUCAGGCCACAAGACGAGUAGCAGAGUGAACUCAGCAAACAAACCUGAGGAAGGAGGAUUGAGGAAAAACAAGUCAGCCAAACAGGGUGACAGAGAGAGCUUUAGGAAAGCCAAGCAAAAGUUGGGUUUCUCUUCAUCUGAUCCAGAUCGCAUGUUUGUUGAGCUGUCUAAUAGCAGCUGGUCAGAAAUGUCCCCCUGGGUGAUUGGCACCAAUUAUACCCUUUAUCCUAUGACUCCUGCUAUUGAGCAGCGACUAAUUCUCCAAUAUUUGACUCCCCUAGGAGAAUAUCAGGAGCUACUUCCCAUAUUCAUGCAACUUGGAUCACGGGAGUUGAUGAUGUUCUAUAUUGACCUGAAGCAAACUAAUGAUGUCCUGCUUACGUUUGAGGCGCUAAAGCACCUAGCAUCUCUUCUGCUUCAUAACAAGUUUGCCACAGAAUUUGUUGCACAUGGUGGAGUACAGAAAUUACUGGAAAUUCCUCGUCCUUCUAUGGCUGCAACUGGUGUAUCUAUGUGCUUGUAUUACCUGUCCUACAACCAGGAUGCCAUGGAAAGAGUUUGCAUGCAUCCCCACAAUGUUCUGUCUGAUGUGGUGAACUAUACCCUGUGGUUAAUGGAAUGUUCUCAUGCCUCAGGCUGCUGCCAUGCUACCAUGUUUUUCUCAAUCUGCUUCUCCUUCCGGGCCGUGUUGGAGCUCUUUGACCGCUAUGAUGGUCUUCGUCGUCUGGUAAACUUGAUCAGUACUUUGGAGAUUCUGAAUUUAGAAGAUCAGGGUGCGCUUCUGAGUGAUGAUGAAAUAUUUGCUAGCCGCCAAACUGGGAAGCAUACCUGCAUGGCCCUGCGCAAGUACUUUGAGGCUCACCUGGCCAUUAAAUUGGAACAAGUGAAGCAGUCACUUCAGAGGACUGAGGGUGGUAUUCUUGUCCAUCCUCAACCGCCAUACAAGGCAUGUUCAUAUACUCAUGAACAGAUUGUGGAAAUGAUGGAGUUUUUGAUAGAAUAUGGCCCAGCACAGCUAUACUGGGAACCAGCUGAAGUCUUCCUCAAACUUUCUUGUGUCCAACUCUUAUUGCAGCUUAUUUCUAUUGCCUGCAAUUGGAAGACCUACUAUGCAAGGAAUGACACUGUGCGCUUUGCUUUGGAUGUCCUGGCUAUUCUUACUGUUGUGCCAAAAAUCCAGCUCCAGUUGGCAGAAUCAGUGGAUGUGCUGGAUGAGGCUGGCUCCACUGUCUCCACUGUAGGUAUAAGCAUUAUUUUGGGAGUGGCUGAGGGUGAGUUCUUUGUCCAUGAUGCUGAAAUUCAGAAGUCAGCACUUCAAAUUAUCAUCAAUUGUGUGUGUGGCCCGGAUAACCGAAUUUCCAGUAUUGGCAAAUUUAUUUCUGGAACUCCUCGGAGAAAGCUGCCUCAGACUCCCAAAAGCAGUGAGCACACCCUGGCCAAGAUGUGGAAUGUGGUCCAGUCCAACAAUGGCAUCAAGGUGCUCCUAUCCUUACUGUCCAUCAAGAUGCCUAUUACAGAUGCAGACCAGAUCCGGGCCCUGGCCUGCAAGGCCCUGGUGGGCCUGUCUCGCAGUAGCACUGUCCGGCAGAUCAUCAGCAAACUGCCCCUUUUCAGCAGCUGCCAGAUCCAACAGCUGAUGAAGGAACCUGUGCUGCAGGACAAGCGCAGUGACCAUGUCAAGUUCUGCAAGUAUGCUGCUGAGCUCAUUGAACGGGUAUCAGGAAAGCCACUUCUCAUUGGCACUGAUGUGUCCCUGGCACGACUACAGAAAGCAGAUGUUGUUGCCCAGUCAAGGAUCUCCUUCCCUGAGAAAGAGCUGCUGCUUUUGAUACGAAACCAUCUCAUUUCUAAAGGGCUUGGGGAGACAGCAACCGUGCUGACGAAAGAGGCUGACCUGCCCAUGACUGCUGCCUCCCAUUCUUCUGCCUUCACCCCAGUCACUGCUGCUGCUUCUCCUGUCUCUCUUCCCCGAACCCCUCGCAUCGCCAAUGGCAUUGCAACUCGACUGGGCAGCCAUCCUGCUGUGGGUGCCUCUGCCCCUUCUGCCCCCACUGCCCAUCCUCAGCCACGGCCCUCCCAGGGUUCACUAGCUCUGCCUGGCCCGUCUUAUGCAGGCAACUCCCCUUUGAUUGGUAGGAUCAGUUUUAUCAGAGAGAGGCCAUCACCUUGCAAUGGCAGGAAAAUCAGAGUGUUGCGGCAGAAGUCGGACCAUGGCGCCUAUAGCCAAAGCCCAGCCAUAAAAAAGCAGUUGGAUAGACAUCUUCCUUCCCCACCUACGCUGGACAGUAUCAUCACAGAAUAUCUUAGAGAGCAGCAUGCACGCUGCAAGAACCCAGUUGCCACCUGCCCACCUUUCUCUCUCUUUACUCCUCACCAAUGUCCUGAGCCAAAACAGAGGCGGCAAGCGCCAGUAAACUUUACCUCAAGGCUAAACCGCAGGGCAUCAUUUCCAAAGUAUGGAGGGGUGGAUGGCGGAUGCUUUGAUAGGCACCUUAUCUUUAGCAGGUUUCGUCCUAUUUCAGUGUUCCGGGAAGCCAAUGAGGAUGAGAGUGGCUUCACUUGUUGUGCAUUUUCAGCACGGGAGCGAUUCCUGAUGCUUGGCACCUGCACUGGGCAGUUGAAGCUCUAUAAUGUGUUUAGUGGACAGGAGGAGGCUAGCUAUAACUGUCACAACUCGGCCAUCACACACCUUGAACCUUCCAGGGAUGGAUCCUUGCUACUGACAUCUGCUACUUGGAGCCAGCCUCUGUCUGCACUUUGGGGAAUGAAAUCAGUAUUUGAUAUGAAGCAUUCCUUCACAGAAGAUCACUAUGUUGAGUUCAGUAAGCACUCUCAGGAUCGGGUCAUAGGCACAAAAGGAGACAUUGCCCACAUUUAUGAUAUUCAGACUGGCAACAAGCUGUUGACUCUGUUUAACCCAGAUCUUGCCAACAACUACAAGAGGAACUGUGCCACCUUUAAUCCUACAGAUGAUCUUGUCUUAAAUGAUGGCGUCCUCUGGGAUGUCCGCUCUGCACAGGCCAUCCACAAGUUUGACAAGUUCAACAUGAACAUCAGUGGCGUUUUCCAUCCGAAUGGGCUGGAGGUCAUCAUUAAUACUGAGAUUUGGGACCUUCGCACUUUCCAUCUUUUACACACAGUUCCUGCUCUGGAUCAGUGUCGCGUGGUGUUCAACCACACAGGGACAGUGAUGUAUGGAGCUAUGUUGCAGGCAGACGAUGAAGAUGAUUUAAUGGAAGAGAGGAUGAAAAGCCCUUUUGGAUCAUCUUUCCGAACAUUUAAUGCAACUGACUACAAACCUAUAGCGACCAUUGAUGUGAAACGGAACAUCUUUGACUUGUGUACAGACACCAAAGACUGCUAUCUUGCUGUCAUUGAGAACCAAGGCAGCAUGGAUGCUCUGAACAUGGACACAGUGUGCAGGCUAUAUGAAGUGGGCAGGCAGCGUCUGGCAGAGGAUGAGGAUGAAGAGGAGGACCAGGAAGAGGAAGAACAGGAGGAAGAAGAUGAUGAUGAAGAUGAUGACGACACUGAUGAUCUAGAUGAGCUUGACACUGACCAGUUGCUGGAGGCGGAGUUGGAGGAUGACAACAACGAGAACGCAGGGGAGGAUGGGGACAAUGACUUUUCUCCCUCUGACGAGGAGCUAGCAAACCUUCUAGAGGAGGGAGAGGACGGGGAGGACGAAGACUCUGAUGCAGACGAGGAAGUGGAACUGAUCCUGGGGGACAGUAAGUCUAGGGCCAACCAUGAGGCUGAGCCUUGGCACCCACGGAAAGGUCCCUUCCCUGUGCCAGCCCAGCAGGGAAGCCACACCAGGUUACUGUGCCCCAUAGCUGUAGAUUCACCACUCUGGCCCCUUGAGGAAAAGCAGUUUCACAUCUCUGAUCAUCUGUUCUGCCGUCAGACUAUGUAACCAAAUGGCUGUUACCUCUUAUCUCUAAAACAGAGGUUGGCAGACUUUUUCUAUAAAGGCUGGUCAGUAAAUACUUUAUGGUUUGUGGGCCAUAUGGUCUCUGUUGCAGCUACUCAACUCUGCUGUUGUAGUGCAGAAGCAGCCAGAGACAAGACGUAAAUUAAUGAUUGUGGCUAUGUCCUAAUAAAACUUUAUUUACAAAAAUAGGUGAUGGGUGUGGUUUGGCCCAUGGGCCGUGGUUUGUGGACCCCUACUUUAGAGGAUUAGCCUUUGAGUGGAAGGCUAAAGUGUAGUUCUUUCCGAAGGUCAGAGCUGGAAUUGUCAGAGGCAGCUGCUUAUGGGGUGCUAUGCCUGCUCCCUUCUAAAGUUAUGAAGAAAUAAAAGCCCUUUUGUGGUGGAGCCCUUUCCUGUCUGCUUUUGCCUAAUCCCUCUUAAAGGCCAGGGGGGACAAAUGUUUCUCUUGGCUUCUGUUUUGUUCCUUUCUUUUCCCUUUCUUAUUCUAAGUUAUGAAGAACAAGCUCCGAUUUUUCUAGUAAUUUCCCAUUCGGACAGGUUUCUGAAAUCAAGUCGUCUCCUGACUAUGCUGAGGAAUCCUGAAUAAAUCAGCUAGUAGUUCUAAGAGUUUUCUAGUUCUGCAGCUAUGCUCUGCAUGUUUCAAGAGGACAUAUUUGGCAUCACUGUGAUGUGUGUCACUGUUAACAGACUCAAGCUUGCUGUGGUCCUGGUUCUUCUACUGCUGCCCUGCUUAGUUAGGGAGUAAUCCCUCUGAUAGCCAACCAUUUUUCAUGUAGCUAACCCAGCCAGCAUUCUCACAACCACGGUAGGUAUUAUGCCUAAUUAUGGAAGCCACUAAUCACAUGUGGUCAUUAAAAUUUUAAUUAAAUUAAAAAUUCAGUUCCUCAUUUUCAUGUCCACAUUUCAAGUGCUUAGUAGCCAAAUGUGGCUACCAUAUUGAAUAGCACAGAUAUAGAACAUUUACAUCAUUACAGAAAAUUCUAUUGUGCUGGCCUAGGCCCAACAAAUGCCAAGCCUUUUCGUAGAUUACUAGUUUUUAUAAUCAUUGGUGUUUGGUGGUAGAAGAGAGAGACAGACAGUGUGUGUAUGUAUGGUAGGAGGUGAGUGGCAGUAUAUAUUUAAGCAUAUAUAAAAAAGAUUCUCCUAUUCCAAAUCUGAAUCCAUUUUCUUUGGGGUAAAUCUUAUAUGUGCUUCUAGCCCUCAAGACUGAAGGCAGUUGGCUUAGGUGAGACUGUCUUUUUUAUGUAAGUCCUCUUGCUGAAGUAGUAUUUUGAGGAAGCUCUGUGGGGGCUGAGAGGGAGUGCCUUAAAUCUGCCCAUCUGCUGUUUACCAGCUUCCAUUUUUCCGUACUUGGAGGUUGAGGUGAUUCAGUGGAGGAGGACUUGCCUUAUCCCUAGCCAUGGUCAGAGAGCCAAGUAAGAGGGACUAAGGGGCAAGGGACACAUGACAGUAUUGAUGGGAAUAAAAGGGCAAGUUCUACUGAACCUUUUUAUCAUCUAUGAAUAGUGACACUUGGGACGCAAGUUCUGUUUUCCUUCAAUUACAAUAAGGUAGGAGCUCCUUACAAGGGGAGCAGCUGGUGGCAGUGCCCCUGACAUAAGAGAGUAUCGCUAAUUUUUCCUUUCUUAAUUGAAUAUAAAGCCACUAAAUUUGUAUUUGGCCUGUAAAAUUAUUAGUCUUUAACUGUUUAGUUUAGGAAGUUCCUUCUUUCAAGCCCAAGAAGUAAUCUGGAAAACCUUAAUUCUGUCAGCAGUGAGAAUGAAUUUAACUUAGUGGGAAUAUUUAUGAUGUGAAAAUGCUGUAAUAAAUGACAACUUGAAGACAUUUCAGCUUGGGCUCUAGAAUUGAGGUGGUGAUGUAGAGGAGCCAUCUGUGGUGUGUACUCCACGCUCUUCUUUUUUUUAGAGGCCCCCAGCAGCUCGCAACAGAGCAGACGGAGCAUUCUCUGUAUGGUUUGCCAAUAUUUUGCCUCACACUAAUCCUCUAGAGCAGUAGCUCUUAGCCUUUUGGGUUUAUAGAGCCCUUUUAGGAUAUGAUGAAAAUCAUCUGGACUAUAGAAAAUCAUAUCCACGUGCCCCCACAUAACCUUGCAUAGGCCCCGGAUCCCCAAGAGACCCAGUGAUUGAUUCCAGAUGCAGAACCCCAGCCCCAGGAAGAGAAACACCUUGAUUCUGAGGUCUUUGUGUCUCUUUGUUCUGCCCUCCAAAAGGCCCAUAUGUUGUAGAGCAACAGAUUCAACAUUGCAGGGAUUAAUUAUUUAUAUCUGGACUGCCUUUGCCUCAAAGGGCCUUCCAGAAAGAAAGGUCCUGACCAGGAUCUGGGAUUGGGUCUCUUCAACACUUGGAGGAUAAGAAAAGCCUAAAGAAGGUAGAGAGGGAAAUCCUGCCACCUGACCACCAGGAGGGGAGUCAGUGCCCAAACACUGAAGGUUCUCUCUCAAACUCUGCUCCUGACAGUUAUUUGCUUAAAGAAGAUAGUGCUGUGAUCCUUGUCUAGCUGCAUUUACAGUCCUUAGAUGUGAGGCAGAAUUGUUCAUACUGUUAGCCAUAUAGAUGAUGAUCAGACAGAUCUCAGGCAGGUGGGUCUAGCAUUGUUGGCUCAUAGAUUGUAUGAGCACUGGGGGAUUCUCCGGAGUUCUACCGUGGGCCCAGCACACAGUGAAGUGCUUGGCUCUGGGGAGCAGGCCCUACGCGUCCCUGCUGGCACUUCCUCCUGGAGCUCUUGCUGCGAGGAAGUUGAUGAGACUUUGGUUCAGCUGUGUCAGGUACUAGUUCUUUGAUCUCUCCAUCCUGUUUUCCCCACUCCUCACCAGUACAGUCAGGCCAUGCUUGCACCCUUUUAGACCCAGGAACACUGGUUUUUCCAGCCAUUUCUUUUGUGUACUUUCAGGAUUUUUUUGUAUUACGGCCACAUUUUUCUUGGUUUUACUUGAUCCACUUCAGUUGUCUUCCUAAAGGAGACUGUAGUUAAUGAAGGAAGGUUUGGGAACAUGUAUUGUUCUACCUCAGCUUUCCCGAGAGUUGAUUCUCUCAGGUAUCUGGGAAAGGCUGAUGAGAGAUUCUUUGCAACCAGUACCUGUCCCUCUCCACAUGGGAACCUCAGGGCCUAUGGGCAUUUGCAGGGCUCCAGCUCAGGAUCAGUCUGCUCACUUCCCUGAGGACCUUGUUAAAAUCAUUUCUCAGCUUUCUGAGCUGUGAGUAAUCAAAAUGGGCAGUAAGACCUUUCCCUUACCUUCACUCAGCAAAAACUAGAGUCCUUAUCAGCCAGGUACUAUGUUUCUCUCCAAUUUUGAUCAACCAGACAUGGUGUGUAUCUGCCUCAUUUUGAGGGUUCUUUUUGCUACUGACAGUUUCACCCCU